AUGAUCACCACUCUCCAGAUACCAUUCCCUCAAAGUCACGCCGUACUCCGUACCGGGGCUUCAGUAUUCUCGAGAUUAUCUCGGUUCCAUACCGCAAACCCCCUAGCACAUUUUCCACGACGCCAAUGGCGACCACCUAUCUUUGGCCCGCAGCAUCAAACCCGAGGACUACGAACACGACCACCUCUAGCCACACAUCCCUCCCAUGUUCUGACAACGGACGAGAAGCUUGACAAACUCAUGGCGUCCGAAGCAAGAUUCGAGCAGGAAUACAAAGCGGCUGGAAGUAUCAAACAACGUCUUGCAGCUUUUGCCAAGUAUCGAGAGUCCCUUGCUCCGGCUGCUGAGCGAGAAGAUCCAGAGUCUCUUGCACGAAAAAUCAACGCAGAACAUGAGUAUGAAUUGAGGGAGGCUAAGAGAGAUGGAAUCGGUAAGCAAACCCAGUAG